CCAGGAAUUCCUUUGAGUGUGCUGUCUGUGCCCAUGGAGAAUAAGUACAAAUGUCAGCAGUGUCUCCAGGUCCUGAGGAAACCUGUCCAGGCUCAGUGUGGCCACCGCUUCUGUGUGCACUGCUUCAAGCUGCUCACCAGGUAGACCGAAGGUCUUUACACCACCCACUGGUUUGUGACGUGUGACCUCCUCCUCCCCAACACUCUGCCGGCUUAAUGCUUCCCCUUGUUAGUGGAUAUGCCUCAGCACCGUCCCGCGUUCUUGUCUCUGCUCCAGCCUGGAUUUGCUUUUUUGCACCCAGCGUUGUUUUCUUAAUGUUGACUCAUUUCUCAUAUGGUUGGACUAAAUCUGAUGAAUCAUGAGGAUCUGGUCAUGCUGACACAUUUCGGCUUGCUGACUCAUUCCAAGCGCUGGUCCAAAGCCUUGUGAAGCCUGCCGCCAAGAGGAGAUCUAUGAGGAGCCCAUGUCCAUCCUGAACAGUAAUGAGGCAUUUCCAGACAACGCAGCCGGGCGAGAAAUAGCAAGUCUGCCUGCCAGGUGUUUGAACCAGAGCUGCAGCUGGACUGGAUCUAUAAAAGAGUACGAGGCUCAACAUGAAGGCCGCUGUGAAUACGAACGGGUGCAGUGCGAGGCCUGCCAGGCCUCCAUCCUCCUCAAGGACAAGGACAGACACAACGAGAGAGAAUGCGAGGCGAGAACUCUCAACUGCAAAUACUGCAAAGUUACAUUCAACUUUAAAGACAUUAAGGCUCACGAUGAGAUCUGUCUCAAGUUUCCCUUACAAUGUAAAGAUUGCGGCAAGAAGAAGAUCCCCAGAGAAAAGUUCAAUGACCACAUCAAAUCCUGUGUCAAGUCGAAGAGCGCCUGUCCAUUCAGCGAAGUGGGCUGUAAAACUGUGAUAGAGAACGGGAAGCUAAGUGACCAUGAGCACAGCAGCACCAUGGAGCAUCUGCGUCUGCUGCUGCCGAUGGUGCUGACGAUGACCCAUCCGCGAAGUGAGGCCCUCGGAUCCGGGGAGCUGCAGGAGGACUCGGGUCUGGGUCUGUACAGAGCUCCUGAGGAGGGAGACGGAGCUGCAGCCACCGCACAGCCUGUAGACCUGGAAAAAAAAGUUAUUGCUUUAGAAAACAUUGUGUGUGUCCUGAACCGCGAAGUGGAGCGCAGUUCGCUUACCCUGGAGGCUUUCGCCCACCAGCAUCGACUAGACCAGGAGAAAAUUGAAAACCUGUCGAACAGAGUGCGGCAGCUCGAGCGAACGGUGACCAUGAGAGACUUGCAGCUGUCGGAGACCGAGCAGCUGGUGCGCGAGCUUCAGAACUGCACAUAUGACGGGAUAUUUGUCUGGAAAAUCACAGACUUCUCCCGGCGCAGGCAGGAGGCCGUGGCCGGCCGAACGCCUGCCAUGUUCUCACCCGCAUUUUACUCCAGCAAAUACGGCUACAAAAUGUGUCUCAGGCUUUAUUUGAACGGCGACGGGACCGGACGGGGGACGCACCUCUCCCUGUUCUUUGUGGUCAUGAAGGGAAAGUGCGACGCUCUGCUAAAGUGGCCCUUCAGUCAAAAGGUGACUCUGAUGCUCCUGGAUCAGAACAACAGGGAGCACAUCAUCGACGCUUUCCGACCCGACAUCUCCUCCACCUCCUUCCAGCGGCCGAUCAGCGAGAUGAACAUCGCCAGCGGCUGCCCGCUCUUCUGUCCGCUGGCUAAGCUGGCCGGCAAGAGCCCAUAUCUGAGAGAUGAUACGAUAUUUAUCAAAGCAAUCGUAGACCUCACAGGCUUGUGAUGUGCACUGUGGAAGAUGCACUGAAAUUUAUGGAACUAUUCCUAAAAAAAAUAACAUUAGCCUACAUAAUUAGCCUAAUAUUGCGCCAUAUUUAUAUAUAUAUAUACACAAAUAUAUACAUACAUACAUUAUUAUGAAUAAUAAUGUUUGAUAAACAAUAAUAAUAAACUAUAGAUACAAAUAAAUAAAUAAAUAUUGUAUUAUUAUAAUAAAAGUCAGUCAACAUGUAACUGACUAUAACAUAAAAUAUAUUUUAUACAUUUCAUUAUAAAAUUAUAGUAAUAAUAGCGCUUUCAUUGCAAAUUAAUGUAUAGCUUUCAAACAAUUUGUGAGAAAAGUUAAAACUUUUCUCUAGAAUGAAAAUAUUAAGACAAAUCAAAGUUGUCCAAAUUAUAAAACUUAAUAUUACUUUUAACCUGCUUAGUAGUAAUAGUAUAGUAGUUCUAUAAUGUGCGAGGGAGCCUCAUAAUGUACAAUUUGUGGUGUAAGUUGUUGCUGGAUGUUUGUGAUGGUGCAGUUAGUAAGCAUGGGUGUGUUUCUCUACCCUGUCAGGAAAAAGUAGGUGAAAUGAAUGGUGGAUUUAAAUAUUUUUGAUUUAUUGUAAUUAUUUAUGUAAAUUUGUUGAUCUAGUUUUAAGUCAAUAACAACAACAACAAAAAAAACUGGAUAGUUUACACCCCUGCAAGAUAAGGAGAAACAUAUUUUGUUAUUACAAUGUAAUACAACUAAAAAGUGCAACAUUAUACAAAAAAAGUUAAAUAUCUACUUAAAAAAACCCAUAAAACUUGGAUUAUAUAGUAGAUGGAGCUUUAUUUAAAGGGGUAUUUUAAUGAAAAAUACUAUCAGAAUACCUCAGGGUGUACACUUAAAAGAUGUAGGUAAUAUUUAUUUAUUUUGGUUUCAGGAACUCUUUCACUUAUAAAAUUGCCUUGUGGCAAAUAUUUCAACAAGUGUGAAAAAUAUUACUACUCUAUAAAAAAAAUACCUAAAAACCAAGACAACAUAACCUAGUCAAUAUAAUCAAUUAGUCAAAUACUGUAUCCAGUUACUUGCUAUAAUCGAUAUGUUAACUAGUUUCUCACUUCAGUGUUACACUUGUGGAGAGCUUUAUUGAUUAUUACUGUUUUAAAUAUCUAACAGCACCAAACACUUAAAGCUAUUUAAUAUAGCAGUAUAUAAUAAUUAGCCUAUCUAAACACAUUGAGCCAUUUUAGUUUCUAUAACUUUCUGUAUUGAUAGCAGAGAGUUUUUUUUAAUUUAAUAAUACUGCUUCAAUAAAAGACUUUAAACCAU